AAUUGACCAAGUAGUCUUAAAACGUUAACGUCAAUUUAAUGAUGCCUCCCAACCCCCCUUCAAAAUCACCAUUUCCACCAUGCCCCAUUCUAAAAUUACCACCAUCUGCUUCUUUCUGCUACUAAAUCUUGCAACUUUCCGAUUUAGUGGCGUUGCGAGCCAACCACAAGUUCCAUGCUUCUUCAUCUUCGGGGACUCAUUGGUCGACGCCGGCAACAACAACUAUCUCUCCACGGCCACGAAAGUCGAUUACCUUCCUUACGGCAUUGAUUUCCCGGCCGGCCCCACCGGCCGCUACACCAACGGCCGAAAUGUCGUAUAUAUCAUAACUCAAAUGUUGGGGCUCGACGAUUUCAUCCCACCUUCCGCCAAUGCUACAGAUCAGGACAUCCUCCGCGGCCUCAACUACGGCUCCGGCGGAGCUGCCAUUCUUGAUAAUUCUGGAUCUGGCCUUGAUGGUGUGAUCAAUAUGAACCAGCAACUGUCGAACCACGAGGCUGCGAUAUCGAAAUUAACCGCAUUGUUAGGAAGCAAGAAAGAAGCCAAGAAACAUCUAAAUUCGUGUCUAUACUACGUGGGAAUGGGCAACAACGACUACCUCCGCGACUAUCUUCCCAAAUACUACGCCUCCGCCGCAAACUACACUCCCAAUCAGUUCGCCGCUCUCGCCAUCAAACAAUUCUCAAAGCAGCUCAAAAGGCUAUACUACAACGGAGCGAGGAAAGUAGUCGUAGUGGCGGUGGGCAAAGUAGGGUGCGUCCCGCAGCAGGUGUUCACGUACCCCGUCUCCGAGCCCACGGGCUGCGUGGAGACCAGCAACGAGGUCGCUCGGAUCUUCAACGAAAAGCUUCGGCUUCUCGUCGCCGGCCUCAACCGCCUCCCCGCCGCCAAAUUUAUCUACACCACCGACAUCGACGAAACACAUGGUAAUAUAACGGUUAUGGUGGAGCCGUGUUGCCCGGUGUCGGCGGAGAGACAGGGGCAGUGCGUGGUGGGAGGCAUUCCUUGCAGCAACAGAGAUGAUUAUUAUUUCUGGGAUUACUUUCAUCCAACGGAGGCUGCCAAUUUGUUGUCGGCGAAUAUAGUCUACGAUGCUAUCUCGCCCUUGCUUACAAAAGGCGUCGAUGUUUCGUAGACAGCCGCUUCAUUUCGGAAAUAUGCUCUCAUCUAUUUUAAUGAAAAUCCAGUUCGGAUUUUCAGGGUUUUUACCCAAUUAAUAAAAUGUUAAUCAAGUUCUUCUAAAAAUGCUGGUGGAAAAGGAAUUGAUAGAAACAUAGGCUAGAAUCUUUUGCAGCAUAUGAUCUCAAAUUUGGAUAAGAUCCUCUGUUCCAACU